GUCUUCUUGCGCCCCCUCCCGGCUGUGCCUACCAAACGGUCUCAGCGCGUGGCCGACUCUUGAAGGCGUAGCCGGCGAAGCCGCGGAGUGGAUAGAGGAGUGGUUGAAGCCGUGAGGAGCGACCCUCAGUGAGAUUUUAGGUCUUGUUUUCUUCGUUUAGAUUCCUGUCGGAGUCUCCUCCCGGCUUUCUUGUCAAGUCUGUGGGGGUCUGACCUCUUGGCGGGCUUUGCCUCCUCACACCCGGGAAUCGUUGAGGAGCAUUCACUGAACUUUUGGCCCUUCUCAUAAGGAUGGAAAUGCUACUGUUUGGUGUCUGGGCCCUGUUGGCCUUGAUCCAUUACCCAGGAGCUGCAGAAGAGCGAUUUGAGGUUUCUGUUUGGCCAGAUCAGGCCCUUGUAAAGUAUGGACAGUCCCUUAUGGUCAACUGCAGCACUAGCUGUCCAGACCCAGGACCCGGUGGAAUUGAAACCUUAUUAAAGAAAACUCAGGUGGGCAACGGGCCUCAGUGGAAGGAGUUUCUGCUGGAAGAUGUCACACAGAAUUCCAUCCUGCUGUGCUUCUUCUCUUGUGCAGGGAUCCAAAAGGACAUAAACCUUGCCAUCACUGUGUACCAGCCACCAGAGCAAGUGAUCGUGGAGCUGCAGCCUGCGUGGGUGGCCGUGGAUGAAGCUUUCACAGUGACAUGUCAUGUGCCCAGUGUCACACCCCUGGAGAACCUCACCCUUAUCCUUCUCCAGAAUAACCAAGAACUACACCGGAAGAAUUUUAGGAGCUUAGCUAUGGCUUCCCAGAGAGCUGAGGUCACCAUCAAUGUCAAAGCCCAAAGGGAGGAUGACAGGUGCAAUUUCUCCUGCCAUGCAGAACUGGACCUGAAUUCACACGGUGGGGGGCUCUUUCACAGCAACUCAGCCCUCCAGGUACUCCGAAUCUUUGAAUUUUCUCAGAGCCCCAAAAUCUGGGUCUCUUCACUUCUGGAGGUUGGGAUGGCAGAAACGGUGAGCUGCGAGGUGGCUAGGGUGUUCCCAGCUGAAGAGGUGAUGAUCCACAUGUUCCUGGGAGACCAGGAGCUUAGCCCCUUUCUCUUCUGGGAAGGAGACACAAUAUGGGCCAAUGCCACCGUUCGGGCCAUGGAGAUUGGUGAUCAGGAGCUGUCUUGCCUUACAUCUCUGGGUCCAAUGGAACAGAGAACAAGCCAGCCAGUGCAUGUCUAUAACUUCCCUCCACCAAUCCUGGAGAUAGAAGAAAUGAACCCAUUGGCAGGGACAGAAAUUAAUGUGACCUGCUCGGGGCAUAUUUUAACAUCCCCCAGCCCUACUCUGCGGCUUCAGGGAGCCCCAGAUCUUCCUGCGCCUGGGGAGCCUGCCUGGCUUUCACUUACCGCCAGUGAGGAAGAUGAUGGCCGGAAUUUAUCCUGUGAGGCCUCUUUGGAGGUUCAGGGUCAGCAGUUGAGCAAAACCACUGUGAUCCAACUCCAUGUCUUGUACAAGCCACACUUUGAGGAAUCUGGUUGCCCUGGCAACCAGACCUGGCUAGAAGGGAUGGAGCAGAUGCUUGCCUGUGUCCCAAAGGGAAACCCGACACCGGUCUUGAUGUGUACCUGGAACGGCACAGUCUUUGACCUUGAAGUGCCACAGAAGGCAACCCAGAACCUCUCUAGAACCUACUGCUGCACAGCCACCAACCAGCUGGGCUCUGCCAGCAAAGACGUUGCGAUCCUUGUUGAAGGCCUGGAUGAAGGAGUCAGUUCCACCAUCUUGGUGAUUAUUAUUGUCGCCCUUGGAGCGGGCGUGAUGGUGAUCACCAUAGCACUGUAUCUAAACUAUCGGUCCUGCAAAAAGGAGAGGAGGAAAUUGCCCUACAGGCAGAAGGAGAAGAACAAAGAAGAGGAAAGCCAGUUUGCUGUUCAACAAGCAGGAAAGCACAAUAAACAUAAUUGUUAAUUAGAAAGUUACUUGGUUGAAGGCAACCUCUACCACUGGGGUUUCCUAAGGGAGGGAAGGAGGAAGUGGAAGAGAAAGGGAGACGAUAUCUUCUGUUCUAUGGUCCCAUAAAGCAGUAUUUCUGGCCCUCAUAUCCUGUGGAUCCAAUCCAGCCACAAGCCCAACUCCUGUAAGAAUCCAGUCCCAGUGUUCAACUAGUGAGCGGGCCUUUUGCUCCUUGUGUGUUCUUCAUCACUCCACUCUCAGAUUCAGAAGUGCCUUGCCAUCCCCAUUUCCACUGCCCUUUGCUCCCAAACAUCAGAUGGAAGAGAUAGCCAGAAAUAUCUCUGAAAUACAGUGCAUUUCUCAUGGUUUCCUCAUGACUAAAUGGGAACCAAUUUCUUAGUCUAGGGACCAGAGUUUGAAGGUAGCCAGUACCCAGCAAAGGGCUAAGAAUCAAAAGCCAGUUCCCGCCUACAUAUUACACAUUCUGGGCUCCGCUAAUGGGGAAUUCUGGAAUACUGGCUCCAGAGCUGAGCUUGGUAACAUCAUUAAGGCUCAGUGGCUAGUUAGGCUUCAACUCCCUAACCAUCUGUUGUGUGCCCGAGAAGAGUAUACAGAUCAUAAGAAAUUCCACAUUGGGUCAGACAAGCAGCUCUCCUAGCCCAGUGUUCUGUCCCUGAAGUGGAAGGUAGAGUUCUUCCUUGAAAUUGGGCUCUAAACAUCUCUGAAUUACUCUUUAGAAAUCCAUUAUAGAGUAAAUCAUCUGAGUUCAUAUUAAACAUAUUUUUUUACCUGUACAAGCUCUUAGGUUAGAAUCCCAAUGUUUAUUCUCCUUUUCCAUAUAUAAGUAUAUAUUUUUAUAUGUCUGCAAACUUUCCUUUAAGCUUCAGGAGGACUCCUCAUAUGACAGUGUUCACCAUAUGAUUGAGCUUCCUUUUCUGUUCAUUGUAAAGAUUAUAUUCAACCCUUAGAGAAGACCCAAAGAUUUCUAAAACCAAUCUUUUCUCCCAAAUCAGUUAUGUAUGGGUCAUUGAAGUGUUGGAUAUGAUAAAAAUAAAAGUGAUUUUAUGUUA